UGUAAAUGAGGGGCUCAGAGAAGUGUAGGCGAUGCAGUGGCAGUGGGACGAAAAAUUGUUGGACAUUUUAAACGCUCCUCUUUAGCCUACUCCCAACUGGAGGACAUACACGUGCAACUCAACCAGCCCGUUAAAAGACUCCAACAGGAUGUCCCUACCCGCUGGAACAGCACUUAUUCCAUGCUUCAGUCUCUCAUUCGGAAUAUUUGGGUCAGAGUACGACCUUCUUGACAACUUCAUUGUCACCGCUCUCCAGUGGUCACUUUUUGAGAAAACUUUGUCUGUGCUUGCUCCGUUUGAGGAACUAACCCGAAAAAUGAGCUCCCGUGAUGCACUUGCAUCUGAAGUCAUUCCUGCUGUGACCGUGCUUAUGAGACUUCUGACCAAUGAAACGGACAAAGACCAUGGCAUUAAAGCCAUGAAGGAGACUUUGGCUGUCAAGAGGCGCCUCGGUGACGGGGAAACAAACCCAAUGUACUGCAUCGCCACUCUUCUCGAUCCGAGGUACAAAGAUCGCUUUUUCUCAAACACUGACACUGCUACAGAGGCCAAGGAGAUGCUUAUGCUGCGGAGGAUGUCCACAGGAGAGGCAGACAAGUAGGAGGAUCUUGGAGAGCCACCUGUCAGAAAGCUUCGUAAGGUGCAAGCCAGCAGCAGUCUGGACAGUUUGAUGAGAUAGCAGGUGAGCGGGAAUCAACAUCACCGGGCCUUGCACCAGAGGGAGCUGCCAUUCAGUUAGAGACAUAUCUUGGAGAGACCACAACUGCUCAAGAGGAAAACCCUCUACAAUACUGGGGGGCUCACAGAGUGUGAUUUCCAAUUCUGGCUCAAAUGUCAAAGAGAUACCUGUCAGCCCCAUGCAGCAGUGUGGACAGUGAACGUCUCUUCAGCUCAGUGUCCCACAUUGUUGAUGAAAAAUGCAACAGACUCACAGCUGAAAAUGCAGUGAAGCUUCUUUUUAUCAAAAAGAACCUGCCCCUCACUUACACAAAGUAAGUUUAAUCAUCACAGACAGAUGUUGUGAGGACAUGUUGAUCGCUUGAGAUACUCAGCCAGUUUUAUGUUGGUUCUUGAAUGAAUAUUUUGAGUAAAUGUUGAAGUUAAAUAUGUGGCAAAGCUGUUAAAACCACAGAAGCAGAAAGUGACAAUUUUACACUCAGGUUUUUUGGUGAUGUGUGACAGUGCCAUGUUUAAAGCAUUUUUGUUAAAUGUCAGCACUCAGUAUGUGACAAAGUUUUACUGAAAUCUUACAAUAUGUGUGGCAGUGUAAUGUUUCUAAAAGCACUAAUGUUGAAUGACAGUAUAUGACAAAUUUGUUAAAUUUUGUUUGUACUGCAGUGAAACUUCUGACAGUAACCCAUGUACAAGAAAAUCAAAUAACAGACAAUAUCUGUAGAAAAAAAAAAUCAAAAUAACUUUAUGUGUAAUGGCUUAAGUACUCGGUCUCGGUGAGUACUCAAAUGCAAGUACUCGUCCACUACUCGUUUUGGAAAAAAGUGAUAUCGGUGCAUCCCUAGUUUCUUGGUAUGGUUGGAUUUUACCAGCAAUUCUUUGAGGAUUACUCAUACAUUAGUAAGCCCGUUUGCCCUGACAUCUGCCGUGAAAAGACCAUGACACGCUAAAGGAAAAAGGUGUUCACCUGUGACCAGAAAGCGCACUUCUGCUGAAUGGACAACUGAAUGCAGUGAAGCUUUUGUAAAGUUGAAACGGGCUCUGUUGGAUAACACCACUCUAGCUCACCCUGACUUCAGCAAGCCAGUUUUGCUGUCCGUUGAUGCCUCCUCCUUUGGCCUUGGUGCUGUGUUGUCUCAGCUAGCAGAGGUUGAUGAUGUUGCUCGACCUGUAGCAUUUGCCAGCAAGUCUCUCAACUUUGCACCGUCCCGCUAUCCAGCCCACAGACUGGAGUUUUUGGUGCUUAUUUGGGCUGUUUGUGAUAAAUUCAGUCACUGGUUGAGAGCUCACUCUUUCAUUGUGUGGACUGACAACAAUCCACUGACCUACAUCAUCAGUAAGCCCAAACUCGAUGCCUGUGAACAAAGAUAGGUUGCGAAGCUUGACCCUAUUUGACUUUGACAUUAAGUAUACUGACAGUUAAUAGAAACUGUGAGGUAGAAAUGUAGGCAGAAUUCUACUUGUAGGGGGGUUGUAAUUAUUCAUUGUGGAUUUACUGAUGACCCAGUGCCCUGGUAGUUGAGAUAAUGAUGAGUUGUCAU